AUGUAUUGGCGGGAAAGAUCUGGUGUCAGGCAUACUAAUGUUUUAUUAAGGGGAGCAGUUUUUCGGACUUUCAGCAUCAACUUUUUCACGUAUGGUUUCCCGGUCUCAUUGUUUGCUCUUUCCUACUGGAGUUUCCAUUUUGCCAGUAUUUGUGCAUUUGGAUUACUUGCAUAUGUUGGCUACAUUGUCUAUGCCUUCCCUUCUGUGUUUCGUUUGCAUCGCUUAAAUGGGCUGCUUCUUGUCUUCAUUCUCUUUUGGGCGGUUAGCACAUAUAUUUUCAACAUUGCUUUUCCACUCUUGAGUUGGAAACUUGGGAAGGACAUGGAAAUAUGGGACAUGGUUGGGUUAUGGCAUUAUUCCAUUCCUGGAUUUUUUUUGCUAGCACAAUUUUGUCUGGGCAUUUUGGUUGCUCUGGGUAAUCUUGUGAACAACUCUGUUUUCCUCUACAUGUCUGAUGAGGGUAAUGGAUCUUCUAAUGACAACUCAACUGUAGAAGCAGAAGAAGACACCAAGGUAUUGAUUGUGGCCACAAUUGCAUGGGGACUACGAAAAUGUUCUCGGGCUAUUAUGCUGGUGCUGAUCUUCCUCAUUGCCAUGAAACCUGGAAUUAUCCAUGCUGUAUAUAGCAGAAAAAUCCGUCAGCCACUGAUUCUUCUGUGUGAAGUUCACUUUGCAAUGCUGUAUAUUCUUGAGAUUAAUCUAAUCUCUCAUGCUUUGGAGCGAAAGGGCUCCUUAACAAUGGAAAUUUUGCUGCAGUUAGGGCUUCUUAAACGUCACAGUUCCUGGGAUUUCUUGGAAAUAGCUCUCCUUGCUUGCUUCUGUGCCAUUCAUAACCAUGAGAGUAGGAUAGCAUCAUUCCUUGGUGCAAUUGGACAGAAGUUUCUCUCUACUUAUCGAUCAUGCGGAACCUACGUUGCUUUUCUGACUAUUCUUCUCACAGUGUACCUAGUAAAACCCAAUUAUAUAUCAUUUGGGUAUAUUUUCCUUCUUCUUGUGUGGAUAACUGGAAGGCAGCUUGUUGAGAAAACGAAAAGGCGUUUGUGGUUUCCCUUAAAAGCAUAUGCGGUCAUGGUGUUUGUCUUUGUCUAUAGUUUGAGCAGUUUCCCCAGCUUUGAGACAUGGAUGUCCAGGUUAAUAGAUCUGCUUUUUUAUUUGGGCUACAACUCACAAGCUUCGUCAUUGAAAAAUAUUUGGGACUCUUUAGCAGUCUUAAUAGUGAUGCAACUUUAUAGCUAUGAGAGGAGACAGAGCAAGUAUAAUAGGUUGCAUGAUCCUGAUGCAUUGGAUUCUGGAGUAUUUGGGUUCAUCAAACGGUUUCUGAUCUGGCAUAGCCAGAAGAUCUUGUUUAUUGCAUUAUUUUAUGCUUCUUUAUCUCCAAUCAGUGCUUUCGGCUUUGUAUAUUUACUUGGACUUCUAGUCUGUUCAACUUUACCUAAAGCUUCUCGGAUCCCAUCCAAAUCAUUUUUACUCUACACAGGAUUUCUAGUGACAACUGAGUAUCUGUUUCAGAUGUGGGGUAAACAGGCCGGAAUGUUUCCAGGACAAAAGCACUCUGAGUUGUCCCUUUUCUUGGGUUUCUGUGCAUACAAGCCCGGUUUUUGGGGCCUUGAGUCUGGCUUGAGGGGAAAAGUGCUGGUGAUUGCUGCUUGCACACUUCAGUACAAUGUCUUUCGUUGGUUAGCUAAGAUGCCAAAUAUUUGUCAAAAUAAUGGAAAGUGGGAAGAGCCUUGUCCAUUGUUUGUGUCAGAUGAAGAUGCCUUCAUGAAUGGUUCCAUUGCCAAUGAUGAAAAUAAACCACUGCCAUAUCGUAGCAUGCCAUCCUUAAAAGGAGAGGGAUUUAUUAGCAACUCGUUGCCAUCAGUCACUACUGGUCUCACUCAAGCACCUGAUCUGGUGUCCAAUAAAACGGGGAGCUUUGAGGGUAGUGGCACCAGUAAAUUUUCAUUUGGAUUUAACUGGGGAAGCACCAAAGAAAGUCAUAAGUGCAAUAAGAAAAGGAUUCUUGCAUUGAAAAAGGAAAGACUCAAAACACAGAUGACUCUCUUAAAAAUAUAUUUGAAGUUCUGGAUAGAAAAUACGUUCAACCUCUUUGGCCUUGAGAUAAACAUGAUCGCGCUACUUCUUGCCAGUUUUGCAUUGUUGAAUGCCAUCUCUAUGCUAUAUAUUGCAUUACUUGCUGCUUGUAUUCUCUUAAAACGGCGCAUUAUACGGAAAUUAUGGCCUGUAUUUGUCUUCUUGUUUGCUUCGAUUCUCACCCUUGAGUAUUUUGCCAUCUGGAAGAGCAUGUUUCCUUUAAAUCAAAAUAUCCCAAGUGAGACAGAUGCACACUGCCACAAGUGCUGGGAAAGUUCUGCUCUACUUGUUAUACUGAAGAAGAGGAACAAGGUUUUCAGAUUCUUGCGCAUAUAUAACUUUGCUAUUAUUGUUCUUUCGCUGGCCUAUCAAUCUCCUUUUGUGGGGGUAUUUAGUUCUGGGAAAUUUGAGACUAUAGAAUACAUAUAUGAAAUGAUUGGAUUUUACAAGUAUGACUAUGGGUUUCGGAUUACUGCGAGAUCUGCACUUGUGGAGAUUAUCAUAUUUAUGCUGGUUUCCCUUCAGUCAUAUAUGUUCUCCUCCAGUGAGUUUGAUUAUAUUGCACGAUAUCUUGAAGCAGAGCAAAUUGGUGCAAUUGUGCGUGAGCAAGAGAAGAAAGCUGCAUGGAAAACAGCACAGUUACUAUAUAUACGUGAAUCUGAGGAGAAAAAACGCCAGCGUAAUUUGCAAGUGGAGAAGAUGAAAUCUGAGAUGCUUAACCUGCAAAUCCAGCUUCACGGCAUGAACUCAACUGUUAAUGGUGGCAGCAGUUCCCCUGGUAGUGAUGGCCUGAGGAGGAGGAGGAGCACUCCUCGUAUUUUAGAUAGGGAUUCUGGGAGCCCAGAAAAAGGCGAAGGAACCCUUGGGAAAGAAGAGCAGAUCAUUACAGAUGAUCCAAUGUUACAUUUUGAAGUGCAUGAAUCUCGUAGUUUGAAUGCAGAAAAUCCAGCAUUAAUAGAAUCUCGGAAGUAUUCUGCAGAACCUCCUCUUUGUGAGAUCACAGAGAUCAUGCAGGAGUCAACUGAUAGCUUACUUUCUGAUUCUGGCAAAAAAGGGACGUCCCAGUCAAAGGAAAACCCUUUGAUAUCUGCAGUACAGCUGAUAGGUGAUGGUGUUUCCCAGGUACAAUCUAUUGGAAAUCAGGCAGUUAACAACCUUGUCAGCUUCUUAAACAUCGAACCAGAAGAUUUAGAUAUCAAUGAACCCUCCUCUGCUGAAAAUAUGGCGUAUGACGAAAUGGAGAGCCAGAAGACUAAGCGCAUGAGUUUUGACCGUUCAUCUUCUCUGCAGUCCGAUAUGAGUUCUGAAGCUACUAGUCUGCAGAUAGGAAGGAUCUUCCGUCAUAUAUGGUCCCAAAUGCAAUCGAAUAAUGAUAUUGUGUGCUAUGCUUGUUUUCUUCUCGUUUUUCUAUGGAACUUCAGCUUGCUUUCAAUGGUGUAUCUUGCUGCUCUCUUCUUGUAUGCUCUAUGUGUAAACACUGGUCCGAGCUAUUUCUUCUGGGUUAUCAUGCUAAUCUACACUGAAGUUUACAUUUUGGUUCAGUAUCUCUACCAAAUUAUCAUCCAGCACAGUAAAAUGAGUAUUGAUCCAGUCCUACUUCGUGAGUUGGGAGUUCCUGCACAUAAAAUUACAUCAUCCUUUGUCAUCAGUUCCUUGCCUCUUUUUCUUGUCUACUUGUUUACCCUCCUACAGAGCUCAAUAACUGCAAAAGAUGGUGAAUGGAUUCCAUCUACCGACAGUAAGUCCCGUAGAAGUUCUCUCCAUAGAAAAGAGGUUCCAGUGAGUUACAGCUGGAGCGACAGGGCACAGGAGCUGUUGCAUUUAAUGAGCAAUAUGGUAAAAUCAAAAACAAGAAGCUUCUUUAGGUACUGGAAAUCAUUGAUACAGGGAGCAGAGUCUCCGCCAUAUUUUGUCCAGGUGUUUUUGGAUGUCCGCUUGUGGCCAGAAGAUGGAAUUCAGCCAGAGAGAAUAGAGUCUGGAAUAAACCAAUUGCUUAAAAUGGUUCAUGAAGAGAGAUGCAAGGAAAGAAACCCCAAACUUUGCCCUUUUACUAGUAGGGUUCGUGUCCAAAGCAUUGAAAGAAGUCAAGAGAAUCCAAACGUAGCCUUGGUUGUUUUUGAGGUGGAAUAUGCCUCCCCUUUGACAAGCUGUGCUUCAGCUGAAUGGUACAAGUCACUAACACCAGCAGCUGAUGUAGCAAAGGAGCUUCUGAAAGCACAGCAUGCUGGGUUUGUUGAAGAUAUUGGAUUUCCAUACACUAUUGUCUCUGUAAUUGGAGGAGGCAAACGAGAAGUUGAUCUUUAUGCCUACAUAUUUGGUGCAGAUUUGAGUGUUUUCUUCUUGGUUGCAAUUUUCUACCAAUCUGUGAUAAAGAAUAAAAGUGAAUUUCUUGAUGUUUAUCAGCUUGAAGAUCAGUUUCCAAAAGAAUUUGUGUUUAUCUUAAUGAUCAUCUUUUUCCUGAUUGUUCUGGACCGCAUAAUUUACCUCUGUUCAUUUGCUACCGGAAAGGUGAUCUUCUAUAUUUUCAACCUCGUUCUCUUCACAUAUUCAGUUACAGAGUAUGCUUGGCACUUGGAACAUUCCCAAAAUGCUGCAGGACUAGCACUCCGUGCUAUAUUUCUUGCAAAAGCAGUUUCUCUAGCACUACAAGCCAUACAAAUUCGUCAUGGGAUUCCUCAUAAGAGCACCUUGUAUCGGCAGUUUUUAACCAGCAAAGUUUCGCGAAUCAAUUACCUUUGCUAUAGACUUUAUCGUGCUCUGCCCUUUCUUUACGAAUUGCGAUGUGUACUGGACUGGUCGUGUACAACAACGUCACUAACCAUGUAUGAUUGGUUGAAGUUGGUCACCCACCCCCACCCCCCUCCCCUCCGGCCCAGCCCGGCAUAUAGAUUAAUUGGAAAGAGAAAUCUUUCUACUUCUGUCGAUGCCGAGUAUCUUACUGAAGUUGAAGUUAGCCAUUGA